AAACAUGUGCGAGAUAAACGACGCCGUACGGCACAGAAUUUCUACCCAAUUUGUUUCCCUUUUUGCUAGCGAUGAACGAAUAAUCAAUCACGUUAAUCAUGUCACGCUUCGCUGAUCCGAUCUUUGCUACUGUGUGAAAACCAGAUAUAGAAACUGGACAACGAAGAUCGAGCAUAGGAUUAGAGCUGUUGUUCUCUCGUCUCCGUUACCAAAUACCCAAUCCAAUAAUGUCUUCGGGUUUCAGCGGCGAUGAGACUGCUCCUUUUUUCGGCUUCCUCGGAGCCGCCGCAGCUCUCGUCUUUUCUUGCAUGGGUGCGGCUUAUGGGACUGCAAAGAGUGGGGUGGGUGUGGCUUCCAUGGGAGUGAUGCGACCCGAGCUCGUAAUGAAGUCGAUAGUUCCAGUAGUUAUGGCUGGAGUUUUGGGGAUUUACGGUUUAAUUAUAGCUGUUAUUAUUAGUACUGGUAUUAAUCCCAAGGCUAAAUCUUAUUAUCUUUUUGAUGGGUAUGCUCACUUGUCCUCUGGUCUUGCUUGUGGGCUUGCUGGUUUAUCUGCCGGUAUGGCAAUUGGGAUCGUCGGUGAUGCUGGAGUCCGGGCUAAUGCACAGCAACCGAAGCUGUUCGUAGGAAUGAUUCUCAUCCUUAUCUUUGCUGAAGCACUUGCUCUCUACGGUCUUAUUGUUGGAAUCAUUCUCUCAUCUCGAGCUGGCCAAUCUCGUGCAGAGUAGAAAUGAUUGGUGUGUGAUUCUUAAUAUCACCUAUUCAGUUAAGCAUUUGAAUUUGUAGCAUGGGAUGACUAGAAGCUGUUGGGAUUCUGCUUUAGAUUGUUCUACUCCAUUUGCUUAAAUAGCUCAGCUCUUGUAUAUGUAGGAUCGAUCCAGAGUAUUAUGGAAAUAUUCUAUUUAAGACGAUGACUCUUAAUGGAACAUAUGAUGGUUCAUGUUGUGUCUGUUUA